UGCUCCUAGGUCCUGCCUUCUACGUUCUCUAGCUUUUGCAAUCUUGAACAUGUCAUGCUCCCCUCCUUUGUUUCCAGUCGAUCAUACAUCCGCUUGUAAGCUGCGUUCUUCGCCUCUGACACUGCCUUCUUCGCUUCUCUCUUGGCCUCCUUAUAUCUCACCCUUAAAACCACUUGCCCCUCUGGGGAUGAAAACCCAUGACAUCUCUCUUUCUCACUUUCGAAAAAAUUCAAAACAUCAAGAAUGAAAAAAAAGGGAACGACGGUCAAGGGUGGUAGGUCAUAUCCACCUUCAAAUCCUUGCCUAACUUAAUUGCAUGAGAGAUAUUCUGUUAAAUCAAGAACCCUUGCACUCCAGUAGGUAAAUGGGUCAACAGGUCAAGCUCGAUUGCCAAAGGGGAGCCCUCGUUGUAAAGGUAAGUAGUUCUUAUUCAUAACUACUCUUGUAUGAUGAAACUUCAAAUGUCGCUGAUUUUGUAGAAAUUUAAUUGACCGAAAGUAAGCUAAAGAUAAGAAUUAAGAAGGGGGAAAUUAACAAAAAGUAUUAUAUAUGGUAUGAAUUAUCAUUAACAUGUAUCUAGAUGAUAUUUUGUUGGUCGAAAGCCAAAAAAAUAAAUAAAUAAAUAAUAUGGUGAUAAAAACUCAUAGUGGACUGUUUUGGCUUAGUGCUGAAAAUUCAGCUUUUAUCCAGGUAUUAACCGGUUUUUACAAAUUCAUAACAAAUCAAUUGGUUGUCCGUUUGGGGCAUAUUUUAUAUCAUUUAAAAUCUCCAGAUGUCUAGUUUCUUCAUAAUUUUAGUACAAAUGAAAACAUGGCUAUUAAGUGGGUUAAGUUGGCUUAUUACAGUAGCUGCGCACAAAGAGCUGCACAAAAAAAGGGUUUUAAAUAAAAGUUAGUUCAGAUGAACCUUUUUAAAAAUACUAGACCUGAAUUGUUGGUUUGAAACUGUUGUUUUCAUCUUUUAAAGUGUUUUUAAAGUAUUUAAAAAAGCUUGCAAUGUAGUAUGCAAUUACUUGCAUUAAGAGGUCGUUUUGACCCAUUUGGAUUACCUUGGUCACUAUAACUUUAUAAACUGGGAAUGGGUCUUUUUGACCUAUUUUGAUUGUUUUGGUAAUUAUAACUUUAUAAAGUGGUAAUUAUAACUUUAUAAAGUGGGAACGAAUCGUUUUAACAUAUUUAGAUUGUUCUAACUUUAUAAAGUGGGAACGAGUUGUUUUAACACAUUUAGAUUGUUUCGGCGAUUAUAAAUUUAUAAAGUGGGAACGGGUCGUUAUGACCCAUUUAAAUUGUAAUAUUGAUUACUACAGGUUGAAAGCGUGAUCACGGGUCGUUGUGACCCAUUACAAGUGUAAGUGUUUCUGAUGGCGUUAUAUGAGAAGCCAUACGAGCAUUUUACAUGUUGAGAUGUCAUAUUUAUGAGAUUUUCUAAACUCGCAUAAUAUAUUACAUUCAAUAUUAUUCUAUAUCUCAUCCACAUUGAUGUAAGAAAGCUUACAAGAUAUGAUAAGUUGAAAGGUAUGUUUUUAUGAUCGAAAAACUAUUAAAGUAUUAUCUUUUUAAGUGUAUUUGUAGGAUGUGGAAACAUGCAGGAGUUGUAGGAACGAAAAUGGGUGAAAAGAAUAGAAAAAAAAUGGAUUAGAGUUGUAAGGGGUGUUACAUACACCUAACUCAACGUGUGAUACGCCACUCUAGAGAAGUGUACACUCAGAAGGGUUUGUUGUACGCCCGACCCGGCGUAUGGUACUUCGUGUCUUUGAGUCCGAUGAGUUUUGUAGUAUGAUGAUUCGGUUUGAUUUGGUGUUAUUGUGUAUGUACGAUUCAUACAUGUUAUAAUGCUAAUUCAUGGUGUUAUUUUGACCCAGGUAAAGCUUGUAUCUUAGCGUGGGAUUGGAUUUAAAGUGGAAGAUUAAGUGCUCUGGAUGAAACGUGGACACACAUCAUAACACUUUGGUUAUGUAUUAUAAAGGUGUUUAAUGGGCAAAAGUUUAUAGUUAGCCUUAAAUAAACAGUCAAGUUUUCUACUUUUCAUAUCUUGAUAUUUAGUUGAUGGAACUCAAGUUUAUGUUGUUAGAAAAAAAAAAAAAAAGAUUGGGACCAUAUUCCGCACUAAAAUAUGAUAUAAAGUCAUUACUAACUUUAGAGUGUUACACUUUCCCGUCUUCUGUACCCAAUCCACCAAUUCCUCACAUAACGAAAAGGUCCAGUUUGUAUCAAAAGAAAAUAUAAUUGGGUAAGAGCCUUUCUCAUACUGCUCACUACCCUCUCCCUGGUUGGGAUAGUCUUGCUCUACAUAGCUCCGCUCACCACCGUAACCGUGGUCGGGAUAGUCUUGUUGUACAUAGCUCUGCUCACCACCUUAACCGUGGUCAAGAUAGUUUGGCUGAUCAGGAUAUGGUUCACCUGCGUAUCCAUAAUCCAAAUAGUCGUGUUGUCCGUACGAGUCUUCCACAAGGAUAUUCAAGUCCAGCUGCACCAUAUUGUCACGAUAACAAACGCCAAAUACAACCUCCUCCUCCUCCGUCGUGUUGGAAUGCUUAUCGUACGAGCUCCAAGUGUGCAGCAAACAUGUUGUUGCCCCUCGCCGGAGAUCUUUGCGCCUUGGCUUUGACGAGCUGUUAUGCCUUGGGGUUGCUUCGAUUAUUUGAAGAAACUGCAAAAAGAGGGCUUUUCAAGCAGAUGCUAAACAGGAAACUUUUGCAUAUAACAUUUGGACUGGGAUUCAUGUUAUUCUGGCCUCUCUUCAGUUCGGGCAUUCAAGGAGCAGCGAUGGCAGCUCUCGUUCCUGGUGUCAACAUAGUGAAAGUGCUUCUCAUAGGACUCGGAGUUGUUAAAGACGAGGCUACCGUCAAGUCUAUGAGCAGAUUUGGAGACUACAGGGAGCUUAUUAAGGGCCCUAUGUACUAUGCUAUUACAAUCACUCUGUGUUGUGCAAUCUACUGGAGAACGUCCCCGGUUGCCAUCGCCGGAAUUUGCAAUCUCUGUGCUGGAGACGGUAUUGCUGAUAUUAUCGGGAGGCGGUUUGGAAAGAAAAAGAUUCCUUAUAAUAAAGAUAAAUCAUUUGCCGGCUCAAUUGCCAUGGCUACAGCUGGUUUCACCGUCUCUGUCGGGUACAUGUACUAUUUUUCCAUGUUUGGCUAUGUCCGUACAAGUUUCAAAAUGGUGCUUGGUUUCUUGGUGGUUUCUCUCGUGAGUGCACUCGUCGAGUCUCACCCAAUUUGCGCCAAGCUUGAUGACAAUCUCUUGGUUCCACUUGCCUCUGUGUUGCUAGGAACUUUGGUAUUCGCAUGACAGCCCUGCCCUCUUUUAAUCUACUCUCAUGUCAAAUAAAUUUCUUACAUCUAUUGUUGGCUAAAUUAUAUGGUAAUUGUUAUGAUUUUUUUUUUUUUGGCAAAUUGGAUGGUAAAAGUGAACGAAA